AUGAAGAAAAAGCCCUCCCCAGGAGUCUCAUCCUCGUUAACGGGCAUGGCGUUAGCAGUUAGGCAACUCGCUGCGGUGUACGAACAAGUGGAGCGCGCCAAGCUGGAGCGGCUGCUGGAAACGGAGAGAAUGCGGAUGGAGCUGAGCAAAGACAUGGAAGCGCAGAUGAUGCAGAUGCAAGUCGACAUGGCGCGAGCAAGCGGUGCUCCUAGGUACAGUUUUGAUGCUGGUGGUGGUGGUGGUGGUGCUGCUGCUGCUGCUGCUCCUGUUGGUGCUGGUGGCGCUGGCGGUGCUUGUGGUGGUCUUACGGAUGGGCUGGUGGGUAGCAUCCAUGAGGAUUGCGUUGGUGGUGGUAACCAGAAAGACAGUCUUGAUGGUGGGAAUCAAGAGCCAGUGAGCAGCAGCAGGCUAGAUGAUACUGCUGGACGUGCAGCUGGUUUUGAUGGCAAUGGUGCCAAUGGUGGUCAGGGCCUAAGUGGUUCAGGGAAAGAGGAGACAUUCAACUUCUCGACGCCUGCAGGGAACAUGUUGAAUCCGUCAACCAUUGAGAGUCUACAGACAACAGCAACGCCCAAUCCAUUGUUUAGUCUGUUCCGCACUCCUCCUCGCCUCCGCAUCGCUGAGUGCAUGAGUGCCCGCUUGGAGCUUCUCAUUGACCCUUGCCCACGCUCUCCCACGUUAACCACACAUCCCCUCGUCGCAAUUGCUAGUAGUAAACAUACCGCGCUUCAGAUCGUCAACCGCGCUCCCCUCAUCACCCUCGUUGACCCACACCGAUCCUCGCCGCCCUCACCUCCCUUGGUCACCGACAUUCCCUCUCGUCGCUCGCGCUUUCCCUCAUCACCCGUGCCGACCCUCGCCGCCCUCGCCUCCCCUCGUCGCCCGCGCGUCCCGUCGUCGGGCUUGCCUCCCAUUCACUCGCGCUUCCCCUUGUCAUCCGCGUUUCCAUCCGCUCUUCCCCUCUCCCCAUCUCACCAUCUCCAGCCCAUCCUUCCUCCCUCAUUCCUUCCGAAGGGCUCUCUCCCCGGCAUCUGCCCCCGUUCCCCCCAUCCUCUUCCCUGUUUCCCCGUAUCCCCUGCCGUGCUUCCCCCCAUCCUAUCCCCUCUUACCCCGUAUCCCAUGCCCUGCUUCCCCCCAUCCCCUUCCCUGCUUCCCCCCAUCCCCUUCCCUACUUCCCCCCAUCCCCUUCCCUGCUUCCCCUCAUCCCCUUCCCUGCUUCCCCUCGUCCCCUCCCCUGCUUUCCCCCAUCCCCUUCCCUGCUUCCCUCCAUCCCCUUCCCUGCUUUCCCCCAUCCCCUGCCCUGCUUCCCCCCAUCCCCCUCCCUGCUUCCCCCCAUCCCCUUCCCUGCUUCCCCCCAUCCCCUUCCCUGCUUCACCCCAUCCCCUUCCCUGCUUCCCCCCAUCCCCUUCCCUGCUUCCCCCCAUCCCCUUCCCUGCUUCACCCCAUCCCCUUCCCUGCUUCCCCCCAUCCCCUCCCCUGCUUCCCCCCAUCCCCUCCCCUUCUUCCCCCCAUCCCCCUCCCUGUUUCCCCCCAUCCCCUUCCCUGCUUCCCCCCAUCCCCUUCCCUGCUUCCCCCCAUCCCCUUCCCUGCUUCCCCCCAUCCCCCUCCCUGCUUCCCCCCAUCCCCUUCCCUGCUUCCCCCUUUCCCUUUCCCUGCUUCACCCCAUCCCCUCCCCUGCUUCCCCCCAUCCCGUCCCGUGCUUCCCCCCAUCCCCUUCCCUGCUUCCCCCCAUCCCCUUCCCUGCUUCCCCCCAUCCCCUUCCCUGCUUCCCCCCAUCCCGUCCUGUGCUUCCCCCCAUCCCCUUCCCUGCUUCCCCCCAUCCCCUUCCCUGCUUCCCCUCAUCCCCUUCCCUGCUUCCCCUCGUCCCUUCCCCUGCUUCCCCCCAUCCCCUUCCCUGCUUCCCCCCAUCCCCUUCCCUCCUUCCCCCCCUGCUGCCUCCCAUCACUCUCAUUCUCCUUCCUCCCGCACUCACACCUCUCAGUCCUCUCGCACUCUCUCUCUCCGUCCUCUCGCACUCGCACUCUCCUCCCCACCACCCUCAGCCCUCCUUCCCCUCACACCCACCCAUGUUCCCACCUGCCCUCCCCAUCCCUGCCUUUCCCUCCCUGCCCUGCCCUUCCCUUCUCCAUCCCUUCUCAAACCUUCCCUUUCAUGUCAUGCCCUCACCUUCCCCCUCAUCUUCCGCCCUCCAUUGUUCCCUUGGCACCUCACACCACUUCCCCCAUGUUCCACACACAAUUCUUUCUGCCUACUCCACUCUCCAAAUUUUCAGUGGUGAAGCAGAGGAGCAAGCUGAGGCGCAGCUAG